AUGCUCAUAAAUAGGUAUUCUGGUGAAUCAUGCUCCUUGAAGAAAACAGACAAAGAAGGUAACAGCUGGCACUGGUUAUCUCACACAGAAAGUGGAAUGAGCAAAAGAGCUGCUCAUACGGCAGUCUAUGUAAAUCAUACGGAUUCACUCUAUGUAUUUGGAGGAUAUGAUCUUAAUAAGGUGCUGGGUUUAUUAGAAAUAUACAGAUUUUCAACUAGUCAAUGGUACGAUGAGAAUGGAAAAGUUUUACGGAGGUAUCCAACUAAUGAAGAAAUUGAUAAGUCUUUGUUAAGCAUAUUCACGAAGGGCAAUGUAGACGGCAGCUGGCCUAUAAGCAACAGGAGCUCAUUAUUUAAUUUACUACUGUCGUCAUUUUCCAAUCAAGAUAAAACCACGUUACCUCUUAUGUAUUCACAUGCGUCAACUCCAUAUGCAGAAAGCUAUAUACACUUUACGGAACAACCGGAAGUAUUGAGUACUAUGUCCGUACCGAACAAAACAAAACCUGAACCAAGAUACGGACACUCAGCGUGCGCAUUCGACAAUGGUUUCGUUUUGUAUGGCGGCAAGCUAUCUGAUGGAAGCUUAUCGUCUGAAUUAUGGCUUUAUGACGCUGUACAUGACCGAUGGACUCUACGAGCAGUAAAUUCUACCUUUAAUCCUCCUGGUUUAACACGACAUACGAUAACAGCAGUCAAAGAUGAACUAUAUCUGUUUGGUGGGAGUACGGUAGAUGGAGAAUUUUCCUCGAGUAUGUACAAAAUAAAACUUGGUGAUGUAAAGACAGAGUCCUGGGAAAAAGUACAAGCGCGAGGCGGGAAAGAAUUGGAUGUACGCGUAGUUGCACACACUGCAGUCUAUCAUUCACAUUCCAAUUCCAUAUUAGUUUAUGGUGGAGUGGUAGCUAGUGUAGCACGGUUCUCGAAGCUCUCAGAUAGAAUGUUCGCCUUUGACAUAGACUACAGGCACUGGAGUGAAAUACAUUACCCACGAGCGCUUCUACGUGAUACGUAUGUACCACGGGAGAGAGCAUUUCACACUUCAACUGUUAUAGGCAAUUACCUGAUUGUUUUUGGUGGAUAUUCUCAUCGUCACAAUAGAGAAGAAAUAUGCUACGAUGGACAAAUGUAUAUCUACCAUCUAGGUUGUCAUUCUUGGAUACCUCUCGACGUUUUGGGUAAAACUCGGAAGUUUUAUCCCAAGAAGCAGGGAGUGUUUGCCCAUGCGGCGGCUUUGAGGCCACCAUCCACUUUAUUGAUUGCUGGCGGAUAUCACGGGAAUGUCAAUGGUGAUUUACUAGCAUAUGUGGUGCCGAGUUGGCAGGCUGGUAUUACUAACAGUCACCCAGAAUCUGCAUGUCGUCGCCAUCGUACACAACCCGAAUGCUUAGCAGAUCCAGAGUGUGGCUGGUGUUCUGCUGACGAUACUUGCUAUGGUAGAACAAUUGGCUCUAAUUGCACAACAAACCUACAGUCUAUGCGAUGUGGAGGAAUAUGCCCCGCUCUGGGUGAUUGCCACUCUUGUCUUAUCCACGGCCCACCACAGGGGAAUGCCAAUAGUUCGCGCACUCCACUACCAUCCGUCAGUACUAAGCUCGGUUUAGAUCAGUGUAACUGGUGUGUACAGAACGCGAGAUGCCAUCACAAAGACGACAGCUACGGAGUCUGUGGAGAGGAAACUCCUUCAGAAAAUCCAGGUUGGUGGGGCGUCACAGGUACAGAAGUGACGACACCGGACGAAUGUAAAAAUUCAGAUAAACGACCUGGUCUCACGUUCCUUCGAUAUCAGCAGCCGGCAGAUUGGAAUCAUCCAGAUGGUGUGUCUGUAGUCAAUGCUACUACUGUUGACUGGGGUACUGGAGGCGGCAGCAAUCAUAUCUUCAGUGGCGGAAGCGAAGCUCGACUUAGAGGCUGGUUACGUAUCCCUCAGAAUUGGAAUGGGACGGGUGAAUCGUUGCAUAUAUGCGCUGGCUACUCGAAUAUAUCAUUAGGACUGGGAGACAACACAGCAGCCGUUGCCAACUUGACAGCUCAACCGUAUGCCUGCUCCCUCGUUGACUGGCCGACCUUGUUACCUGGACGCCUUGCAGUCGAUAUGCUUGCUAACGACUCGCUGCACACAGGGCUAUAUCCAUCUCAUCAUCAUGCUAAAAUGGAAUUACUUCAUAACAAAUCCCAGGAGAGUGCUAAGGUAUUUACAUUCGAGUUUCUGGAGCCCUAUUCCGACGGUCAGUGUUCAAACUAUGACAACUGUCUUCUGUGUUUGUCUGACGCUUCGUGCGGGUGGUGCGAGCUAACUAAUCGAUGCGAAUCGAGAAGCGCAGAGGAGACAACAUCGUGCAUCGCAGAUGGCGAUUGGAGAUAUCUUACGCUUCAGCCGGCAGCCUGCCCCAACUGUUCCAAUUACAUAAGCUGCGAAAGAUGUGUGAGCGGCAGCUACUGCGAGUGGUGGGCGGAUGAGGCGCGCUGCGCACGGCGUGGACGAGCUGGCGGCGCCAUCUCCGACGCGGCGCAAUGCCCCGCACCCUGUCGCAUGCGCCGGGACUGCGAGCAUUGUCUCGACGAGCGCGGCCGCUGCGUGUGGUGUGAAGCCACUCGCCAGUGCUUCAGUUUCAGUGUAUACACUAGCGAGUACCAGUUCGGCCUCUGCCGUGAGUGGCUCGAUCGCGCUUCCUCACCGCCCGAUGACCCCACGCGCAAGUCGGGCCAAUGCAAGUCGUGCCGCCGCAAUUCCCAGUGUUCCACUUGUCUACGAAGCAUGGGAUGCGGUUGGUGUUUCUCACAUGAAAACCCUAUAAAGGGUGCGUGCACUGAGGGUGACUUUACGCAUUCUCACGUUGAUUGUGCUUCUGUUUUAAAUGUGACCGCGUCAGACGCCGGGUGGGCAUACGCCCAGUGUCCCGACGUCGACGAGUGCGGUCUUAACCUACAUGACUGUAACGAAAAUGCUAUCUGUAAUAACACGCAUGGUUCAUAUACGUGUAAAUGUAAACAAGGAUAUAUUGGUGACGGCAAGAAAAUCUGCAUGCGUACAUGCUAUAACAACUGCAUACACGGCUAUUGCUUGGGGGCCCCUGUAUUCAAGUGCAACUGUGACCUAGGCUGGACUGGUGCCGACUGUUCUAUUAAUUGUGGUUGCCAUAAUCAUUCGACUUGUAAAACAGGCGUGGGACGAUGUGAUGAGUGUCAAGACUGGACCGAAGGAGAAUUUUGCGAGUCAUGCAAACCAGGAAGUCACGGUAACGCAACAACGGGACAAGGAUGUCGGAGAUGUGAUUGCAACGAUCACGGUGACGAAACCCGUGGUGUUUGUGACGUGACUACAGGAGAAUGCAUAUGCAAGGACAACACCGAGGGUCUUAACUGCGAGCGAUGUAAACCGAAAUUCUACGGAGAUCCUAGACAUGGCGGCAGAUGUUACUAUCAGUGUGAACCUAGAGGAAUGUUAAAUGCUACUGAAACUGAAGGCAUCGGAUCUUAUAAAGUAGAUCCUGAUAUAAAAACAAUAGGUCCUUCCAAGGAAUGUUUGUGGAUUAUUUCUGCCGACGAAAUAAAUGAUGCUAUAAUUCAGUUUACUAUAAACUCUUCUACGUUUGAUGUGCCCUGUGAUGAAAAUGCCGUGUAUGUAUACGAUGGUCUCGGUGGUUUGCCAGAUUUAAGUUACAAUCAACAGAGUCAGCUCUUAGGCGUAUUUUGUAACGGGGCCUCUUCGGGUGUGGUAGAAGCCCGCAGUGGUAAUCUAAUAGUACACUAUAAACAAGGUCAACCUGAGCAGGGCUUCGAAGGUAUGUACAAGGUGCUCGCUUGUGACGGCUAUUGUUCCUGGCCGAGAGUUUGUAACAAAAGGCAUUGUAUGUGUCGCGAAGGAUACGGGGGUACGAAUUGUGAAGUUGAAAUCUGUCGAAACAACUGCAGCAUGUCGAUUAGUGCGGGCAUAUGUGAUUCUAGUUACGGAAGAUGUUUGUGUAAUGAAGGAUAUGGCGGAGAUGAUUGCUCAAUUAGACUUGAUAAAACUCAACUUGUAUUUACAGAACUUUUUAACUCUGAGUAUUUAUCGGACGGUUUAGAUCAUUUAAGAAAAACUUUACCAAGGUUUGGACAUAGUUUGGUCGCUGAUAGAAGAGGAUUAUGGAUGUUCGGAGGAUAUUCUUUGUCUCAUGGUCCUUUAAAUGAUAUACGGUUUUUUGAUACAAAGAACAACACUUGGAUGCAAGUUACUGUAGAGGCAACUCCAGAUGCUAAAAUGCCUGAAGGUCGAUACUUCCAUGCCGCAGAGAUUUAUCAUUCUAAGCAAAAUGUUUACGUGUAUGGCGGAUUAAGUUUUCAAGAGAAAAGUGGCCAGAAUAAAACUCUCGGUGAUUUCUGGCAAUUCAGUUUAAAAGACCACAGGUGGAGUAACAUUCGAAAUAAAGAUGUACAUCCACCCUCGCUAGCUGGUCACACUUUAACUUUGCAAAAGUAUCAAGAUUACGAAAGUUUGGUUUUAAUAGGAGGAUUUUCUUUAGAAGAAGGAUUUAUGUCCGACAUAUAUGAAUUUGAUCUUGAUAAUGAAAAAUGGAUACAUUUAACAACAGAAGGCUCUAAACCAUCUGGAAUAAUAGGCCAUAGCACUGUUUAUCAUGUGCCUUCUCAAAGCUUAUAUGUAUAUGGUGGAAUUCUAUAUUCAUACAACGGCACUAUGUUGUCUAAUAAGCUCUUCUCUUUUCACUAUCCUACCAAAAAGUGGAGUGAAUUGCCUAUAUUUCCUAAUUUGAAUCAUUAUUAUGAUAAUUUACCAUUGGCAACUUAUUUACAUUCUGCAGUCACAACCAAUGAGUAUAUGAUCAUCUUUGGUGGAAGAACAGAUCCUGAAAACACUUCUGACUCUCUUAUAGCUUAUGUUUAUGCUUGUAACCAAUGGGUGCGACUUGUGAAAGGUGUUAGCAUCGUAGGACAUCCGCCACCUCCUACAAUAGCACACGCAAUGGCAAUUGAUUUAGAGUCUGAAAACGAAGGUUAUAUCUACGUAAUUGGCGGAUGGACAGGUAGCGCUCACUGUCAAGUGACUCGCAUUUCACUGCCAGAAGAUCUUUGUUCUUUAUGGAGUUCAAACAAAUCUGAUUGCCGCAGCCACAUGGGAUGUAGUUUUUGCAGUACGGGAAAUUAUACGAAAUGCUUCUCAGUUGACAAGCCCGGCUGCGAAGGUAGCGACAGAGUGUCAACUAAUUCAGGCACAGCGUGCGAUGCUGAACUUGUUUCAAGGCGGGCGUGUGAAAACUUCACUACUUGCUCAUCAUGUCUGGCAGCGUGGCCAAUGUAUCCAGAAGAUAAACCCGCAUGCCGAUGGUGUGAAUCGUGUGCUGCUGCCGUCGGUGAGUGUGUACCUACGGAUGAGUCCUGCACUAGCAUGAAGUGCAACGCUGGAACUACCUACAUUAGUGAUCCUGAAUAUUGUCCUGAACUCAGAUGUGCUGCUUCUGAUUGCGAAAAAUGCGCUUUAAACGAUUGUACAUGGACUAGACAUGCUGUUAGAGAAGGUCAGCUAACAAGAAUAUCAGAGGAUUCUGUAGAGUUAUUCAAUUGGACUUGCGCUUUGUCUGAAGAGUCUGGGCGGCCGAGUCUUCGUCCAACGAAGAGCGAAGAGUGUCCGAAUAGAUGUCACACGUACGAUGACUGCCAAUCCUGCCUCAGUUCAGACGGGGGCGAGGGCGGGUUUGCGGAGUGUAGGUGGGCGACUUAUCUGGGCAAGUGUAUAUCACCAGCUUACCAACCUGUAUAUUGCGCGGGUGGUGUGUGCGGGCUCGUGCUGACCCGGGCGGAUAAGAGCAAGUGUCCAGCUCCAUGCGGCACAUUUGAGCAGUGCUCGGAAUGCUUGCACCACUCACACUGCGGCUGGUGUGCUCUCAGCGGCGCCAACGGCCAGGGUAUCUGCUCUGAGGGUUCUAUCGACGCUCCACUCGAUUAUUCCACACGUACCACUUGCGCUGCAGUCUACGGCACCGUACAUCCGCUCAACAAAACCGACGACUUUAACGAAACCUUUUCUUGGCACUACACGCGCUGCCCGCCAGAGAACGAAUGCGAAAAUAAUCACCAUCAAUGUAAAGCUGAAUCGGAGGUGUGUCGUGAUCUACCAGAGGGCUAUGAAUGCACGUGUGGCGCAGGCCACAAACGAUCCGCGGUGGGCGGUGGUUGCGUUGCAGUGUGUUCUCAGGGCUGUGUGCGCGGCUCCUGUGUAUUUCCCGAUGAGUGCCGCUGCGAGUUUGGUUACGUGGGCGCCAACUGUACCAUACAGUGCCAGUGCAACGGUCAUUCCAACUGCGAGGGACCCGACAAGCUCGACAAGUGUACUGCAUGCUUCAAUAAUACCAUGGGUGACCAGUGUGAAAAAUGUAAACCCAAUUUCGUAGGCGAUCCAGUCAAUAACGUUCAGUGUGUACCUUGCUCUACAUAUUGUCACGGCCACACAUCAAUAUGUACUAGCGACAUUGAUGCAGCGCCGACGUCACGUGACGUAGGUGGUUUGGCGGAACCCGAAGAAUAUAGAGAUAUAUAUAGAGACAUUAACGCCGCGACCAAGGCCCGCUGUGCCCGGUGUGCUAAUAAUACCGAUGGCCCUCGCUGUGAAAAGUGUAUAGAAGGAUAUUUCCGAGGAACAGAUGAUUACAGGGACCCUUGCAGACCUUGCGAAUGCCAUGGACACGGUGACACUUGUGAUCCAGUAACUGGUGAAAAAUGUAACUGUGGCAAUAACACCGAAAGCGACAUUUCGUGUCAAACUACCAGCUCCAGUAAAAACUCAGCGCAAGAGUGCUGGCGGUACCAGUGUGUCAAAUGUAAGGAUCUCUACAUGGGCGACCCAAGGAAUGGACAUCAGUGUUAUAAAACUAUAAACAUAGAGAAUAAAUUAUGCUUUGACGGAAAAUCAAUUGAUGAAUGUAAAAUUAAACCCAGACCACUGUAUCCCGGUCAAACCGUUUUUGUAGCCGUAAAUCCAAGAUAUAUGAACGUUGAUAUACGAGUAAUAGUAGACGUGACACAGGGCGCUGUUGAUCUAUAUCUAAGUCCAAACGACAGUUCGUUUGUAGUAUCGGUGAAUACGAGCAACGGGGAUCAUGCAGUCGAACUGGAUCCCACUUAUCACAAACAUGAGCCAAAUCGGAGAAUACCAUCGUUCGACGAUCACAUGCCUGAGGAACCGCGCGUCACGUGGUACUAUGACAAAGUAGAGUACACUUUGGCCGAUUAUACCUGCAAGAGUUUGGCCACGUACGUUACAGUAGACAGAAGGAAUAUUCUACUCCGCGUGAGAAACCUGCGCAACCGCCUCGUGCUAACACUGCCGCAACACGUUCACGAUUUAUCGCACACGAAAUUCUACAUAGUGAUUCGAGCACGACACACAGACGACGGUGCCGCUAGUUUCGGGGUCAUAUUUUUCCGCCAAGAUCAACUGCACAUCGAUCUAUUUGUAUUCUUCUCGGUGUUUUUCUCCUGCUUUUUCCUCUUUCUCGCGGCGUGCGUCGUCGCGUGGAAAGCAAAACAGGCGGCUGACGUUCGCCGCGCGAGAAGAAGACACGUGGUCGAGAUGCUGCACAUGGCGAAGCGUCCAUUUGCAGCAGUAACGGUCCUGCUGAGCGGCGGGGUGACGUCAGCGGGCCCGCGCCGGCGCCGGGCGCCCGACCUGCGCCCCGUGGCCAUCGAGCCCACGGCCGACGGCCGCGCCGCUGUCACCUCGGUGCUCGUCAAAUUACCUGGCGGCUCCAACGUGCCGGUGCGGCUGUCGCUGGCGUCGUCGCUGGUGCUGGUGGCGCGAGCGCCCGCGGCCCGCGCCCGCCGCGCGCCUCCGCUGGCGCGCCUGGCCGCGCACACCUAG